AUGUCAUCUCCGCCUUCUCCAACACCCAGCGGCCGAAACGCAGAAGAUGUCAAGCUCGGCCUAAUCCAAGUACCUUUACUCGUCCCACUCUGCCUCUUCUCGCCUUUCUUCCUUACAUUCAUCGUCUUCGUCAUUUAUCGUUUUACGGUGAAAACUCCCCUAGCGCAGGGAUCAGAGCAAGAGGUGGUUGAGAAAGAUGUCGAGAUGCAGCUUCAGAAGUUCUUAGGGAAAUCUGAAAAUAGAUGA